AUGAUGUGGGCUGUGCUGUAUGGCUGGACUCCAGAGAUUUUCGGUACGAAAGUGUGGGGAAUGGCAUGCGGAAUCACUUCGGCGCUCUCGAGGAUAGGAGGGAUGAUCACACCCAUGUUUGGUGGGAUGCUUUUAAUGAUAGACAGGUCUCUACCAGUGUAUGCCAGCACCAUGGUUUUUGUGUUUGCAGGGUUUUGCGUGUUCGUGGGGUUUUGCAUGUUGAUGCUAAAAAAAAGAUGA